UCUCUGAUGGAUUAAAUUAAGCUCUUCCAUUUCCAUCUCCCACCUGAUCGCUGCGCCAUAUAAAUCCCAACAGCUGAUCAACGUAGCCAGACACACGGCAACAAGAAAGCUGCGGAACGGGCGAGAGUCAAAGCGGCGGAGCGUUUCAACUGACAUCAUACCCCAUUUUUCUACAUGUAAAUAUUACCUGGAGUUGGAAUAAUAGGAGAGUAAUUGAAUUACGCUGACUGCUGCCCAGUUUUUUUUAAGGGUUUACACUUCUAGAGCGCGACAUACUUUUUUCUGCAUCUUUUGGCACGUUGAGAAAGGAUCCCGCCGCACACUGCAGGGUGCACUGCCGCCGCUCUUUCGUGUUGCGCUGAGCUAGUCUGCCUGCCUGCGAGAGGGAGCUGUCCAGUGCUGAAGUUGCAUUUCUUCCUUGCGCGAGAAACGGAGUUGCAGAGCGGGGAGCAGCGGAACCGAAUCCAUAAGCAAUACGGGGGAGAGGGCUGUCCGGAUAGGCUACUCCCUUCAUCAGGCAGGUAUCGGAACCUUUUAUUUUUUAAAUUACCUCCUUUGACUGUGUGUAAGGAGAGGAGAGGACUCCGCGCUGGCCGGUCGUGUGUGUCUAGCAGAAAAACCAUGCCAAGGUCCUUCCUGGUCAAAAAGGUGAAGCUUGAUGAUUUUUCAUCCGCGGAUCUCGAGAGUUCAUAUGGGCGAUCCAGGACAGACCUCAGUCUGCGGAUUCACGAUAAAGGCUACAUCAGUGACUACAUCAGCCCGUCUGUGUACGAUGGAGAGAGCGACGGAGCCAUCAAAGUGCCCUCCCCGGAGCCUCUCUAUGACGGCAUCCACAGCGACUACGGGGCCCCGGACUCGGACCAGCCCGACAGCCCGCAGUCGGAGCUCAACGGUGGCUACAUCAACGGGGACACGGCGGUGAGCGAGGGCUACACGGUGGACGCCUUCUUCAUCACGGACGGCAGGUCACGGAGGAAAGUGAUCAGCAGUCCCAGGACCAUCCAGCGCCACACGUGCAACGAGUGUGGGAAAACCUACGCCACGUCCUCCAACCUGAGCAGACACAAACAGACGCACCGCAGCCUGGACAGCAAGAUGGCCAAGAAGUGCCCCACCUGUGGCAAGGUGUACGUGUCGAUGCCCGCCAUGGCCAUGCACCUGCUGACGCAUGACCUCAAGCACAAGUGCGACAUCUGUGGCAAGGCCUUCAGCAGACCCUGGCUGCUGCAGGGCCACAUGAGGUCACACACGGGCGAGAAGCCCUUUGGCUGCGCUCACUGUGGGAAGGCGUUCGCCGACCGCUCCAACCUUCGAGCGCACAUGCAGACUCACUCGGCGUUCAAGCACUUCAAAUGCAAACGAUGCGACAAGACCUUCGCGCUCAAAUCUUAUCUGAACAAGCACUAUGAAUCCGCCUGCUUCAAAGGCGCGUUCUCGCCCAUGAGUUCCCUCGAGGCAUGACCUCCAUAUAAUCAGACAGAACAUUCAGCCCUCCAGCCCCAGGCCCCUCCCCCUUUCCCAUGACGCACCUACACUUCCAAUGGAACCCUAAUAAUAGCACAAUUUUCUCCUUGAGACUCAACGGAAGGAAUUACGGAUCUUCGCAUGCACUUAUACACCUCUCUUCCUCCUCCAGUCACCUGGAUAGAAUAAACUUUCAGCGCCUAGAUAGGACAUCAUAUAUUUUGAAAACUUGAUGAAGAUGACAAUAGUGGAUUGCUCCAAACAAAAGUAAGACGUUUUGAUUUUGGGAUCAAAUGUACUGCUGCAAAACGACCAUACACUCCAUCGAGGUAAAUUCAUUUCUGAAUUCAGUUCUUUUUGCUUACUUCAACUUUUCUAUUCCUAUGUUCAGAUAUUAUUUAUUUAUUUAUUAUUUAUUUAUCAAUAACUCUCACUCAUUCAAAUACUAUUUAAAGUAAUUGAAGUUUGCACUUAUAAGUUCUGAGUUUGCCAACCUCUAGUUGUUACAGGCCAAAGCAUAUGUCACUUUUACAGUGUUACUUUAAUCUUAUGUUGUUACCUUAUUAAUGCAUGCAAAAAAUGAAAUCUAUGCCAAUAUCACUAAGCUUAUGAUUUUGCCAAAAUCUAGAUAAUAUCUAUGGGCAAUAUUUUUCUUGGAGCCUCAUGAGGAAUUAUAAAGCAAUAAUCACUUAAUGCAUGGUAUUUUUGAAAACUUAUGAAGUAUUACCUACUGUAUAGCAGUUUAUAAAAAUCAGGUAUGUUUUACUCCAGUACGCGUAGUCAUACAGAUUAAAUACAACAUCAGGGAAAAUGCCAAUGUAGUGUUAGUGAAACGUGGACAAAAAAAAGAAGAUACAAAACGAUCAACCCUCUUUUCCUCUCUUGUUAUGCACUGCCUGCCUCUUAGUUAGCGUAGUGUGACUGUAGGACGUAGGCUUGUGGUGCUCAGCUCCAGCUCACAGCAGAUUCUCCUCAUCUGUGGGGACGCCCAUGGAGGUCACCAAGGAGGGUGGCUGGCUGUCCGGCAGGAUCUCAAAAGUCUCUCCUCGCUUCCACGUGUAUACACCCUCGCUCCUCCUGGCUCACCUCAAACACUCUCGGAGGACAAGGGUCCAGGGUUGCGGCCUUGGAUCCUUGCUCCUCCGAUGCGUUUUUGAAAAAGGAAGUGAUGAGAGAAGGCGUUGAGGAGCCAAUAAAAGACUUUUGAGAUUGGGCCCCUGGCAUCCUGUCUGAUUUUGAAGGGCCACUAUGGCGACCUUUGCACUGCUUCGAGACAGGAUGGUGGAGAAGCCUUGUUGCUGCCUCAUGGAUGUCCCCCAGAUAUAUACUCUCUAAGCACUUCCAUUCUAGACAUCUCCACCUUAAAAGUAGCACAAUGAACCUUUAGAUUCAGGUAGAAAAGAAGAAACUUGUAUUAGCUUGACCUCUGUUUUGUAUUUCGAUUCUAGAAUAAAAAACUUAUUGUUUAUUGCAAGGAGGCUUUGUAAAUAAUCCGUUGGAUUUAACAUUUUUACCGCUGUAAAGAAUCAAACAACCUUAUUUCAGGAGAUUUCUCUGGAGAGAAUCUCCUACAAGUUUUGGAGCCAGUAUUCAAACAAUGUAAGCACAAGACACAAAGCAUUUUGUGGCACUUCAUAAUAAAGAACAU